CCGCUGCCACAACUAACAAACAGUUUUCCUCUCUUCCGUUAUAACAAAGGCUAUAUUCAGACUGAUUAAUAGAUUGUUCAACGAGUGUUUGGUUGCCAUGUUUCUUUCUAAAAUGGUUUUGCCGAACCGAAAGGGCUUCUGCUGUCAGCUUUAUUAACGGAGUUCAAAGAUCCAGCUAGCGUGUCCACGUUAGCAGUAACUUUACCGCUUCGCCCGUGUUCAGUGUUCUGGUUCUCAAUGUUCUGGACUGACCUGCUGUUUAAAAGACUGUGUCUCUGUCCGGGUUCAACUCGAGGAAACUCACUGGAACUGCUAGGAAGCAAACGGGCUACAGUUUAAACUUCCUCUAAUCGGAGUAUCGAGCUAAUCCCUUGAAGAGAAAAAGAUUCAGGUUCAUGUUUGUGGGCCAAGUUGAACCAGUUUUUAACAUGACAGCAAGUAUUUCAAAUGUGCUUCUUGUUUACAGAAUAAAAUACAACACAACUUGUUUGGGAUUUCGUUUCUGGAGACGCCAUUGUGUAGUGAUGUCAGUUUGUUUGCCUUUAAACGUUAUUCUCAUUCAUUAUUGCACUGAUUUGUAGAAAGUAUCUGUCACAGCAAAGUUGUUUUACAGGUUAUAGUUAUUUUUAACUGAUAAUAAAAUACAUAGUUACUAUUAUAUUAUUAUAUCAUAUUUAUUAUAAUAUUUCCCUUCUUUGUAUUGAUGCAUCCCUUAAAAUGCCAGUUUAUUACACUGAUGUUUGAAGGUAUGUUAUAAACAUAUUUAUGGUUAUGAAUGCUUUUGCAAGGCACUGAAUAAUGCGUCACUGAUUGCUAUUGCCUUUUAUUGCUAGCAAUGAAACGACCAAUAUCUCAAUGUGCUUAAAAAUUUGUAUAUGUGGAAGAGACCAGUUUGUCUUCUUUAAUUCCAGUUGAUUUAUACAGUGCAUCAGUUAUAUAUUUCUUUUUUAACAUCAUAAUCUGAUAUGAAGAGAAGAGUGUUUUUUUCUUUUGUUGCAAGAGUGUGUGGGAGCAUCAUGUGGAGGAAGGCUUUGGCAGCGCUCCUGCUGGCUUUGGCUGUUGGCUACUUCUACGGUGGCCUGCCAAACUUCCAGACAUCAUCACAGAGCAACAGCAGCCUGGAGCAGGCCAUUUCUGCUGCUUGGGAGGCUCUGAUCACUUUACCGAGCAGGCAGUGGAGCAAAGUGGCAGUAGGCGUGAAUGCCUGCGUUGACGUGGUCGUCUCCGGCGUGGGACUGCUGCAGGCUCUGGCUGUGGAUCCUGGCACCGGCCGGGAUCAUGACGUCCUGAACUCAAAGGAGGACUUGAAGGAAACCUUCAUCCACUACAUGGAGCGUGGAGCCGCAGCAGAGCGUUUCUUCAGCGAUAAGGAAGUGUUUCAGAGGAUAGCUCGUGCAGCAGCAGAGUACCCCGGUGCGAAGCUGUAUGUUGGAGGAAAUGCUGCCCUCAUUGGUCAGAAGUUUGCCACCAACCCAGAUUUGAUGGUUUUGUUGUGUGGGCCGGUCGGUCCUAAACUCCACGAGCUGCUGGACGAGCAGAUCGUCGUUCCUCCAGAAUCUCUUCAGGAGACAGACGAGUUUCACCUCAUCCUGGAGUAUAAAGCAGGUGAAAAGUGGGCUUCUAUUCAGGCGCCACAAGCUAAUCGCUUCAUCUUCUCCCAUGAUGUGUCCAACGGGGCGAUGAGCACCUUGGAGACUUUCGUGGCAAGCCUGGAGGAGUUCCAACCGGAGCUGGUUGUCCUUUCAGGGUUCCAUAUGAUGGAGGGUCAGGGCAGAGAGCUGUGGGGGGAGCGACUGAAAGAGGCUGUAGCAACCAUAGGUGAUAUUCCAAAAGACAUUCCCAUCCACCUGGAGCUGGCCAGCAUGACUGAUAAGGACUUUAUGAACCGGAUCAUGCAGGAGCAGGUCUUGCCUGUUGUCAGCUCCAUCGGACUGAACGAGCAGGAGCUGCUUUUCCUCUCUCAGGCAGCGGAGGGCCCCCAUGCUGCUCUGCCUGCAUGGAAAGGCAUCCCUGAGGUGGGGCGAGUCAGUGACAUCCUCUUCUGGAUCCUAGAGCAGCAUGGCCGCACCGACCCAUCUUCAGAAUCUGAUCUCACUCGCAUCCACUUCCACACGCUGGCCUACCAUAUUUUAGCAACAGUGGAUGGUUACUGGGGGAACCAGGCAGCAGCUGUGAUGGCAGGGGCCCGGGUUGCCAGCAGCCAGGCCUGUGGCCUCCAGGCUGUGGACAUUAGCAAGGUGGAGCUCAAGGCCCCGCUGGAGUUUCACAGCUCUCACUCUGGGCUAGGAGAGCAGCUGUCCCUGAACCCAGAGGAGCCCGUUACCGUGUGGCAUCGGGGAAACAUCACCUUCCAUCUGAGUCCGGUGCUGGUCUGCAAAAGACCCCUUCGGACAGUGGGGCUUGGGGAUGCCAUCUCAGCUGAGGGGCUAGUUUACUCAGAAAUAACAAGCCAGCAGCCCUUUUAAGGCUCGUUCAGCCUGCCUCUCGGUGCGCCUGGACAAUGUUGAUGGAAAGAACUAAACACAGCCUCUCUAAACUCUCAACCUGCAGCUCUGGUUGUCUCUGAGCCAGUUUAGACAUUUGUGUCCUGAUUCAGGUUCCUUUGUCCCAAAGAUCUGGUAUGUUUAAGCGAUGUCUCCCAUCAGUCUGCCCCCCCCACCCCAAAAAAAAAAAAAAGGCAGGCAGAACUGGACCUCUGUGAGCCGCCAUGCGGCCGGACUCAAUGCACGAAGCCAUCCUCCCAAACUCCAAAGAGUUUAAUCGUCACAGCUACUUUACCUUGACCUGCAUAUCUUUAGUAUGCUGUGCCUUCAAUAAGAACCAGAAAUAUUAUUAAGUCCUUUAUUCGUAUUUUCUAGAAAAACCGUAUAAAACUUCAGAUUAGUUACCGUUUGUCUUAGGUACUGUUUAAACUUGAAACUGUGUAGUAGAAUGUAGUUGAAUUUCUAGAAACUCUUUUGGUGUGUUCACAUCUAAUAUUUACUUGAAACUUCUCUCUCUCAUUAUUUCCAGGUCUAGAUAAGUAUGGAAAAGGUGUUUGCUUCAAUGCUUUAGUCCUUAUUCUAUAAAGUACACAAUUAAGAAGAACAUCAAAAUUUUGUUAAAGAUUAUAGGUAUCAAAAGUAUUAAAGGAUAUGUAUUCAGUUUAGGAUAAUCUAUUGAAGAUUUUAUAGUCUAGGUCUCAUAGAUUUGGAAAUAUUAUUUCACACCCAAACGAAGAAAAGCAGUGAAAUAGCCCUUCGUUAACAACACAAUGCUCAACAUUGUGAUGUUUUAUAAAUUAUAAAACGUACAAAUAAUAAAAUCUCACCAAGUAAGGGUGUUGUCCUUAAAUGUUCAGGACAAAUCUUGAAACUUGCCUGAAAAAGUAUGGAAAGGUAAAUUGGAAAAUACGUAGGAUCCCUUUCUGUCUUUUCAUUGUAUGACCAAAACACUCCCUGCAUAGAAAACGUUUUAUAAGGCAAUAGCAGUUUCUUUUAAUUAGAUUUUUUUUAGAUAAAUUGUAUACUAGUAUAGAUACAACACAGCUAUUUUAAAUGUUAUUCUGAAGCGGGUUGUUUAUUGGCUUAAUAUCUGUUUAUAUUCCAGUGCCAGCUAAUUAACCUGAAGGUUCUCUCGUGAACUUCGCACAACGGCGUUAAUUAAUAACGGCUGUGUAUGGGUGUUUUUUUUCCCUUUUUGAGAAGAGACAGUUAUGUAACACAAUUUAUGGAAUAAUGAUGUUGAAUUACAAAGAUUCUCACACAAGAAUAUUUCUUGGCUGUAAACUUAAUGAAUACAUGCAUCAUGUUUGGCAAACAAAACACUUUGUUUACCUCUGAUUGCCUCCUAAGGCAUGCAAUAAUCAUAGUCUUAAUGCAAGCUUAUAGCAAAGGGUUCGUAGUGUUCGGGUUCAGAAAAAGUGAUUCUUUGCACUAGGAAGGUAGGUGGCAGGUGAGCCUAUGGAGGUGAAUGUAACCUUGACCUCCUGUUUAUUUUUGUUCUGUUAUGCAAGCACAAUCUGUUCAUCUAGACUCAUUUUUGUUGUCAGUGUAGUGUUUGUAACGUGGAGCAAGCUUCGUUCCCUUCUAGCUUAUUAAAAUAUGGAUGGAAGAGGAUGUGUUGUUUGGGUUCUUUCAUGUAGGUUUUAAUGUUUAAGCUGUUAGUCUUAUUAUGUUGUCUUAAUAUGUUUAAUAAAUGGGAUUUUUCUCCCCAAUUUUUAGUUUUUUCAAAACAGAAAGAUUUAAAGAUAAUGAAGAUCCCUAAUAAUGUUUGGAAUAACAUGUUUUAAGUAAAUGCACAUUUGCUUGCAAAAGUAUUCAUAUACCCCAGAUUUAUUUUUUGCACGCCAAGACCACAAACUACCAUGAUGUUAAAAUGGGAUUUUGAGUGAUAGACCAAUGAAGGUAGUUUAGAAAGAAAGAAAAUGACAUUGGUUUUCCCGUUUUUUUUAAACACAAGUUUGUAUUCAAACCCUUUACUCUGAUACCCUUUCACAGAUUUGUAUCCAAUUAAGAGGUCACCUAAUUAGUAAAGAGAAGUAGCAAUGAUUAGCACUACAUAAUAAACUAAACUACUGUAUAAUGUGUAAA